AUGAAGUACCUCAUUCAACAAGAGGAGCAGUAUUGUUAUCCAUCUGACAAUACAUCCUGUCUCAGAGAAAUCCGUGCUCCAGUAGUUAAUCUAAUCCUUUAUUUUUUAUCAGCAGUUGUGGUAAUGGUGGCAGUCUUUGGAAACCUAGUGGUAAUUAUUUCAUUUUCUCAUUUUAAGCAGCUUCACACUCCUAGCAACCUACUUGUUCUGUCACUGGCUGUAGCUGACUUAUUGAUUGGCAUUUUUUGUAUGCCUUUAAUGCUCAUUAAACUUAUUGAUAAGUGCUGGUAUUUUGGAGACAUGUUAUGUUUUAUUUAUUCUCUAAUGAAUCUUCUACUGACCUCAGUUUCUAUUAGUAAUUUGGUAUUUAUUGCCAUUGAUCGUUAUGUUGCUAUAUGUGAUCCUUUACUUUAUUCAACAAAAAUUACCAUUCAUGUAACACAAAUGUUUAUUGCAACAUCUUGGAUAUUAUCUAUGUUAUAUACUUGGAUGAUUACUUAUUUUAAGGGAGUCUAUUUUAACUUUGAAACUACACAGUUUUGUUUAGGAGUGUGUGAACUAGGGUAUAAUGUAACCUGGGGUUUUAUAGAUUUACUGGUCUCAUUUAUUUUGCCUUGUUCUGUAUUGGCAACUCUUUACACAAAAGUUUUUAUAGUUGCCAAAAGACAUGUGAGAAUAAUAAAUUCAGUGACACAAAACAGAAAUACAGGCAAAAAUCAAAGUAAUAUAUCUAAACAGUCUGAACGAAAAGCUGCAAAAACAUUAGGAAUUGUAGUAGCGGUUUUUCUUCUAUGCUGGAUACCAUAUUAUUUGUGCAUAAUUAUUGACUCAUACACAAACAGUUCCACACCUAUUGUGGCCUUUCACAUAUCCACAUGUUUAGUGUUUUUUAACUCUGGUCUAAAUCCAGUCAUUUAUGCUUUGUUCUAUCCCUGGUUUCAGAAGUCUGUCAGACUCAUUGUGUCUCUUAAGAUAUGCAGUCCUGCCUCAUCCUUGAUCAAUCUGUUACCCGAAAAGCAUUAG